GCUAGCGGUAUUCCAGAAGAAAAAGUUUCCAAUUAUAAGAGUUCAGUGUUCAAAAACCAAAUAUUAACGUCUAAUACUUUAAUUAUUUAUUAAUAUCCAAACGUUUUGUAGUACUUUCAAAAUGUCAUCUCCAAAAGAACUUCCUAGGCUUACAAAUUUUCUAAGAAAAAACAGCAAAGUCUCAGCUCCUUGGGCUGGAGAAUUUCUUCAUGAUCCUGACGCCAUAAUUCGUAAACGAAAGGAAAGGAAUGAACGACAAUCCAAGCAAUGCACUUUGAAACAUGUUAAGGAUUUUCUCCUUGCGAAUUCCUCUUACGCCUCUUGUGAUAUUGAAGAAAUUAUUUCGGAUCUGAUGAUUGCUACCAAAGAAAUAGCUGGCUCUGAAUCCUCAACUGUUGUGUUAGAGGGUGCUGUAAUUUAUUUGAUUGAACUGUUAAGAAACUGCUCCAUAAUUGGCCCCACGCAAAAGACCGAAAUACGCAGAAUGUUUGGCUCAUAUCCAAAUGCUGCUGUUUCAAAAGUAUUUGAACUUGUCACAAAGCUGAUUCACAGCUUAAAUAACGAUGUUCAAGAUGAAUUCAUUAGAAACGGGUUUUCAAAACCACAUGACGGAUUGAUGGAAGAAGAAUUCGGAUCUAAAAUCAAGUUCAUCGACCAAUCGCCUUUGGACGAAAGCUAUUAUCUCGUUCCUCUGAGAGAGAUUGAUGCUGAAGAUGAAGAUGAUGCUUUCACCAAAUUUAGCUUCAGGUUUGAUGAUACACUCAAAGAGACCAAAAGUGAAAUGGCUGCCCCGCUACCAAAUGUCAAGAAGAAAAGAUUCGAUCCAAGAUGGCUUGAAGAAUGCCUUUGUAAAUGUAUGGCAUAUUCUGGUUUCUCACCCCAGGAACUUGCAAUGUCGAUCUGUACUCUUUUGAAGUCAACAAAAUCUAAUGCGGAGUUGCAAACUCAGUUAUUUGACUUACUGGGUGCUGAAAAUAUAGAAUUGCUGCAAGAAAUAUUAGAACACCGCGAUGAAAUUGCUUCUACAAAAGUAAUAGAUGCAAAUAGCUCUCAAGACUUCAAUGGUUAUAAACCUCCUCCAUGUUUAACUCAAGUUGUUAUUCAGUCUGAGACUGAAAAAAUGCUUUCCAAACAAAUUCGAAAGGAUGAAAAACGCAUUCAGCGUGAGCAAAACAAGUCCUCAGAAGAAAAUGUAUUUGUUUUAGAUGCUCAAUAUCUCAAGCAAGCUAGAGAAAGAGAACUAAUUAGUCAACAAAAUAAACCACUUUUACGGCAUGGGCGGCAAGAACGAAUGGAAACCUCCAUAUAUCCAAAUGUUUAUGAUGUGUACACUCAGACAAAAAUGUCUGCAUCCUAUAUUAGUGGGAAGAUGCUAGCACUGCCAGAAAACAGUCAUCGACUCAACAAACAAAAUUGCGAAGAAAUUAGCAUUGAACCUACUAGCAAAGCACCUGACAAUAUUGGAAAUGAGUUUGUGCCAAUAGCAGCUCUAGAUGAGGUUGGUCAGAAAGCCUUUCCAAAAACUAAAUCUUUGAACCGCAUCCAAUCUAUGGUAUACGAUGUCGCUUAUCAUACCAAUGAAAAUAUGCUCGUCUGUGCUCCAACCGGUGCUGGAAAGACAAAUGUAGCCAUGCUGACGAUAAUUCAUGAAAUCAAGCAAAACAUUGAAAAUGGUGUGUUGCGAAAGGACAAAUUUAAAAUUGUGUAUGUUGCUCCAAUGAAAGCUUUAGCAGCAGAAAUGGUUCGAAACUUUGGCUCCCGCUUAAGUAGUUUGAAUAUUACCGUAAAAGAGCUUACAGGGGAUAUGCAGUUGACAAAAAAUGAAAUAAUGCAAACUCAGAUGUUGAUUACAACUCCUGAGAAAUGGGAUGUGGUCACUAGGAAAUCAACCGGUGAUAUUAGUUUGUCUCAAAUAGUGAAGCUAUUGAUUUUAGAUGAAGUUCAUUUACUUGACAGUGAUCGAGGUCCCGUAUUGGAAGCCCUUGUGGCUAGAACCCUAAGACAAGUAGAAACAUCUCAAUCCAUGAUCCGUAUCAUCGGCUUAUCAGCCACUCUGCCAAAUUAUAUUGAUGUGGCCAGUUUUCUGAGAGUGAACCCCAUGACUGGACUGUUCUUCUUCGAUGAUCGAUUCAGGCCUGUACCUCUCAAAAUGACAUUCAUUGGUGUUAAAACAACAAAUCCCAUGCAACAAAUAAGAGAUAUGGAUGAAAUUUGCUAUGACAAAGUUGCUGAUUUUGUUGACCAUGGCCAUCAGGUUAUGGUUUUUGUUCAUGCUCGGAAUUCCACAGUAAGAACCGCAACAAUUUUCAAGGAGUUAGCACAGAAGAAAGGCCACAGUCAUAUCUUUGUUGGAUCACAUUCCGGAGCAGAUUUCGGAAGAGCACAAAAAAAUAUGCUGAAAUCAAGAAAUAAGCAGUUGCGUGAACUGUUUGAUGCAGGGUUUGCAAUUCAUCAUGCUGGUAUGCUGAGGUCUGAUCGUAAUCUGGUUGAAAAAUAUUUUGCUGAAGGUCACAUUAAAGUUUUGUGUUGCACCUCUACUUUAGCUUGGGGUGUAAAUUUGCCUGCUCGAGCUGUUAUAAUUAAAGGUACUGAUGUGUAUGACUCGAAACAAGGAAACUUUGUAGACCUCAAUGUUUUGGACGUCAUGCAAAUCUUUGGUAGGGCAGGACGACCUCAGUUUGAUAAAAAAGGAGAGGGAAUUAUCAUUACUCCACAUAACAAGUUGAGUCAUUAUCUUUCUAUGUUGACCAGACAGCAUCAGAUAGAGAGUAAAUUUGAUGACAAGAUCCCUGAUAAUUUGAACGCGGAAAUUGCUCUAGGUACAGUAACAAGCGUCGACGAAGGUGUUGAGUGGCUCAAUUAUACUUAUUUACAAAUUAGAAUGUUGCGAAACCCACUUGUGUAUGGGUUAAAGCCGGAAAAAGUGAAGAAAGAUUAUAUGCUUAUGGAGCACAGGAAGCAGUUGAUUACAAAAGCUGCUAAGAAGUUGCAUGAGGCAGAAAUGAUAAGAUUUGAUCCAACCAACGGUUUUCUGCAUAUUACAGAUAUGGGAAGGACAGCAAGUCAUUUUUACGUAAAUACAGAAACAAUUAUUCGCUUCCAGUCUAAACUCAAACCAAACACCUUCUUGACAGAUUGUGAAAUCUUUAAGUUGAUAUCAACUGCUCAAGAGUUUGAUCAAUUAAAGGUCAGAGAUGAUGAGAUGGUUGAACUAGAUCAUUUACUGCAUUCUUGCUGGCUUGAAGUUGGGCUAGGAAGUGAAAAUCCUGAAGGAAAAAUUAACAUCUUGCUACAGACAUACCUUUCGAGAAUACCUUUGGAUGGGUUUUCCCUCAUUUCUGACCAAGCCUAUGUUGUCCAGAAUGCUACUCGAAUUGUUAGAGCAUUGUUUGAAGUAUCCUUGCGAAGGUGUUGGUCGAUGCUGACAGCUUCAUUUAUGAGAAUAAGCUUAAUGAUUGAAAAACAACAAUGGAGUUUUCAAACUCCAUUGCAUCAGUUCAAGGAAUUUAGUCGUGAUUUGUUGUCCAAAAUAGACAGCUCGAAAAUGAAUGUCGAUGAACUAUUGGAGUUGGAUGGAUCCGACAGAAGAAGUAGGCAUUUUUUCAAAGAAAGGCAUUUAAUCAAGGAAUGUUUACUUCGCAUACCGAACUUAGUUAUUGAUCCAUUAAUUCAACCAAUUACCGACAGCAUCCUCCGGAUAACCCUGAGUAUCAAACCGGAUUUCAAGUGGUCGGAUAAGCAUCAUGGCUCCGGCUCUGAAAACUUUUGGAUAUGGAUUGAAGACCCAGAUACAAACAUCAUAUAUCAUUCAGAGUACUUUAUUCUAACUAAAAAGCAGGUUAUUCACCAAGAAGUUCAAUCGUUGAUGUUCACUAUACCGUUUCCAAGAGAUGUGAGACCAAACAUGUAUUUAAUACGAGCAGUUUCUGACCGUUGGCUAGGUUCAGAUCGCUCAUUUAUAAUGUCAUUUCAAGAUUUGAUACUACCACAGUAUCAGCAGCCACAUACAGAUCUUUUAAAUCUUCAACCCUUGCCAAUUAAAGCUCUCCACAAUACAGACUAUGAAAAUUUGUACACGUUUGAUUACUUCAAUCCUAUUCAGACACAAAUAUUUCAUACACUUUAUCAUACUGACCACAAUGUUCUUCUUGGAGCACCUACUGGUUCUGGAAAAACAAUAGCAGCUGAAAUUGCCAUGUUUAGAGCUUUCAAUACAUAUCCUGGUACAAAGGUUGUUUAUAUUGCUCCUUUGAAGGCUUUGGUUAGAGAAAGAAUAGCUGAUUGGAAAAUAAGAUUUCAACAAAGGCUCAAGAAAAAUGUAGUGGAACUGACUGGAGAUGUCACACCAGAUGCUGUUGCUAUUGCAAAUGCUGACAUAAUCGUCACCACACCAGAAAAGUGGGAUGGAGUCAGCCGUAGCUGGCAGACACGAAAUUAUGUGAAAGCGGUAUCACUAAUUGUCAUAGAUGAAAUACAUUUGCUAGGUGAGGAUCGAGGACCUGUAUUAGAAGUUAUUGUUUCUCGUACAAACUUUAUAUCUGCACACACAGCGCGCAAUCUUAGAGUUGUUGGCCUGUCAACAGCUUUAGCCAAUGCCACUGAUAUUGCCAACUGGUUGAAUAUUAAACAGGUUGGGUUAUAUAAUUUCCGUUCUUCUGUGCGUCCUGUGCAACUUGAGAUUCAUGUUUCUGGUUACCAUGGAAAACAUUAUUGUCCACGCAUGGCCUUGAUGAACAAACCUACAUAUCAAGCUAUUAAGACCCAUUCUCCUGACAAACCGGCUUUAGUUUUUGUUUCGUCAAGGCGUCAGACACGUUUGACUGCAUUAGAUUUGACUGCUUAUUUAGUCACGGAAGAUGAUCCUCAACAAUGGGUGCAUAUGUCUGAACGUGAAAUGCAGUCAGUUAUCCAGUUAAUCAGAGACCAAAACCUAAAAUUGACCAUAGCAUUUGGUAUUGGACUUCAUCAUGCUGGUUUGCAUGAGAGAGAUCGUAAAUUAGUGGAGGAAUUGUUUCUUCAUCAGAAGAUUCAGGUUCUCAUAGCUACUGCUACCUUAGCGUGGGGAAUCAACUUACCAGCUCACCUGGUUGUGAUUAAGGGCACAGAAUACUAUGACGGAAAGGUUCAUAGAUAUGUUGAUUUUCCAAUCACAGAUGUGAUGCAAAUGGCGGGCAGAGCUGGACGACCUCAGUUUGAUACUACAGGAGUUGCAGUGGUUUUAGUUCAGGAUAUAAAAAAGAAUUUCUACAAGAAAUUCCUUCACGAACCCUUUCCGGUGGAAUCUAGUCUUAUAGGUGUGUUGCCUGAACAUUUGAAUGCUGAAAUAGUGGCAGGUACUGUCAGUACAAAGCAACAGUGUUUGGAUUAUCUAACUUGGACAUAUUUUUUCAGAAGACUUCUCCAAAAUCCAAUCUAUUAUGGGUUAGAAGACGUCACUGGAUCUCGCAUCAAUGCAUAUCUUUCCGGCCUCAUUGAUCGUUGUUUGAAACUGUUAUCAGAUGCUGGUUGUGUUACCAUUGAUCAGGAUGAAAGAUCCGUAAACCCUACCAUUCUUGGAAAGAUAACAUCCUACUAUUAUCUUAAUCAUAAAACUGUGUUGGUUUUUACAAAGAAACUAGCGAAAGAUAUCAACUUGGAAAGUAUGCUUCAAAUCCUUUGUGAUGCGCAUGAAUAUGAAGAACUACCUGUGCGUCAUAAUGAAGAUGCUAUGAAUAAGGACCUUGCAGACAUGAGUCGUCUUCCAGUGGAACCCUUCACUUUUGACAGUCCUCAUACGAAGGCCAAUCUGUUGUUCCAGGCUCACUUUGCUCGCCUUCAGCUACCCUGUGCUGAUUACUACACUGAUUUGAAAUCAGUGAUGGAUCAGGCCAUUCGAAUUAUUCAGGCUAUGAUAGAUGUCUCUGCUGAUAAAGGCUGGCUUGUCCCUACACUUUAUUCAAUGAAUCUGCUGCAGAUGGUGUUGCAGGGCCGGUGGCAUGAUGAUAAUGCCAUUCUUACCUUACCGCAUUUAGAUCGGUACCAUUUAUCACAACUCAGGUUCAAUGAUGGUUCUGGAAAUGAGAGUGUCAGGAGUCCGGUCGAGUGUUUACCUUUGCUCAUCCAAAUCGUGAGAAACCGAAGAGAACUGUUGGCAUUAGCUCUUCGGGAUGACUUGGAUGAAAACCAGAUCAAUGAGAUCUAUCACACGUUAAUGUCUCUUCCCAUAAUAAGCCUUGCUGCUUCAAUUAAAGGCUGGUGGAAUGAUUCGGAUGGGGAAGAAACCAGGCCACUAAAAAUAGGAAAAGUUUGUGGCCCAAAACCAGAAGGUCAUUGGUUGAAAGUUCAUGCCGAUCAAGAGUAUGUUCUAAGUGUCGACCUGAGACGAUUGAGUCGUGCAAGAAGCGACAGGAAAGCGAUUGCUCCCAAGUUUCCCAAACAGAAGGAAGAGGGCUGGUUUCUUGUUCUAGGCAGUGCAGAAACAAAGGAACUAAUAGCAAUGAAGAGGUUGCCAUUCAUUUCUAAAAAAGCUUCACAUCAGCUCAUGUUUUACACACCUGAAAAAUUGGGAAAAUUGUGCUAUAAACUAUAUCUCAUGAGCGACAGUUAUUUGGGAUUAGAUCAGGAAUACGAUAUCUGCUUGAAUGUUGUGGAAGCAAGUUUGAAAGCACAGAUUAAUACUGAAAUCCUGUCCGACUCUGACACAAGUUCAGAAGAGGAAGAAACUUAAGUUUCAACCAAAAAGUUUCUAUUUGUAAAUUAGGACUGUAAAAUUGUAUAUUUAUUUUUAAAACUAAUGAUGGAGAGAAACUGUCUAAUAUUAUAUUCAGAUAUUUAUUAAGUUGCAAUGCAGAAACUUUUUUUUUUCUUUUUUGUGGAAAAAAAAGGGAUAUUUUUUUAAUAAACUGUAAUGGUGCAUAUCACCAUUAAGCUGUGAAUAAAUCACUGAGACUUUUUUAAACAGAAAAUUUUGUAGAGCAUUUGUUAAAAUGAGAUGAAUUACUUGCUAAUAAAAUUGCAGUAAUUAUUUUUUUUUCUUUAAUGAAUUUCAUAAAGUACAUUGUAUUUACCACUUAUUAGAAAUAUUUGGAAUUUUUUUUUAAACCCACGGAUGUACUUUAAGAUUCAUGUAGUGGGAGUGAACUUUCAGCCACAUCACAUUAUAAUUGCUAAUAAGUAAAUAUUUUUCUUGUUACAAAUAUUCAAUUAACAAAACAAAAUAUACAGAUAUAUAGGGUAAAUGACUAGUUAUAGGCUUGCUUAAGAGUUUGUUUUAAAUUUAGAUCUAAAUGUUGCAGUUAUAGUUCAUGAAAAACUAAUUCUAAUGGUGUUAGAACUUAGAAAUUGCACUUGUGUAGCUGUGAUAUUUCCAUUAAUUUUUAAUUACGAUUUAUAUAUAUUUUUUGAAAUGAAUUCGACCAGUUAUGGUCAUGCUAACAUAAUUCAACUGUUUUCAGGGAAUACACACAAAAAAGCCAUUAAAACAAUUAUUUUUCUUACAAUGUAGUUCGAUUUAAACUAUCUUAACUUGUCCAUCUUUUUUUAAUUUUAAUGUUGCUGGAAUGAGUAACUGACUAAGCUUUUUUUU